UGAGUCUUAACAAAUGACUAACAUUGCAGGAAAGGAAGGGACAGAUCAUCAGAAAAAAGCUCGUCUAGGGGUAGCAGUAGUCACAGUAAUAGUAGCAGUAGGGAGUCUCUUUAUGUCUCUAGAUCUCAACCAACCCCUCCAACAACGGGUCUCUCUGGACAGUCCUGUAGUCAGGAACCAGACUCCAGACCACCAGGUCCAAAUCCCUGCCCGAUUGAGCAGGCUAGUGAAAUAAGAGAAUGUCCAACAGAAAUGUCACAGUGCAAUAGAACUGAGAACCAUACUCUACCCAUGAUUGAAACACCAAAGACUGACCCUUCUAUUAACAGUAAAUUAGGUGGUGCUCAUUAUAAUGGAUUACCCAUUUCUUCACGCUCUACAGAUCAAGAAUCAAGGGAUUCGGAAGAAGAUUGGAUAAACAACCAAGAUCUUGUCCUUUCUUCAGAAACUAUUCCAGUACAGUGUAGCACAGAUUGGCAAGCGGCAUUUGGGUUCACCUCGUCUAAUCGCAAACAUCAAGAUGAUGAGUUAGGUUUUGAUCCGUGGGAUGAAUCGGCUAAGGGAUUAGCUGAUCUCUUAGAAAAAGAAGCCACUCAAAAGCCACAACAACUGCCUCAGCUAAUUAAUCACAAAAUGGAAUCAGUACAUCCUCCUUAUUCUCACUUGAUGGACUCUCCGGGUUAUCCUAACCAUUUCCUUUUGAACUCCAGUCAAGAAUCAUCAAGAAGAGUUCCUCCUCCUCCAGGGUUCGGCCCUAGUCAUAUCAACAAGUUUGUAAAUAUUCCCAGACCAGCCUUUCCUUCAGAAGUUUCACCCAGCAAGAUGAUGUCUUUGAUGAACAUACCUCCGAAUCACCACGUCAUGAAUGGGCCUAGCUCAUUCCAGGAACAAAUGUUACCCGGGUUCAACAAUCAUGUGCCUGCACCUGGUGUACUGCCUGCUAGACCAAAGUUUGGCAAUGCUUUUGUCAUGAAAGACUGGCAAGAAGGUUUGCGUUCUCUGUUCCCAAAAAUCAACAUAAGUUUUGGACCCCCAACUACUCAGACAGUACCAACUCCUACAGUUCUCCAAAAUCCUAAAGUUAAUCAAGUUCACCCUGUAUGGAACCCCCAUGGACCGUCCUGGGUAAAUCAAGAUCCUGCAAUUCUCUCCUCGGGAAGUAUUACAGACAGUCGUUCGGACAGUCCGCCCCAUUGGAUGAAAUCCCUUCAACAGCUAACCGUAGAAGACGGAACUAUAAAUAAUCACAACCAUCACGUACCGUUACCCAUGCCGUUUGCUUACAGAGCAACACAGUGGCCAGGCGUCCCUCCCCCACCUGGCUUCAAUCCACCCCUUUCGGCCCUCCUUGAAACCAACAGAACCCCAGAUACUUGCUGAAAAUUUAUAAAUUUUCAACUGAGGCCUGACGUGAAGGACUACAGUACAAGAAAUGAAUACAUAAAGCUAUAUACAGCCAAUGUCCAGUAACUUUAUGGUUAUGUACCAUACUGGGGCAAGUUCCCAAAAAUCUUCUCUUUCUGUGCUUUUUAAUUUCCUUUAGUGACCACUUACACAGCAUGAAUUUAACUCAGUUAUAGACAGUUCCUUUUUUUGUCUUCAGUGCUAACAGUAGCUAGCUGGUGUUUCAGUUUGCCAUUGGAUAUGGUACUUGCUUCUUUCCAUCUGUGAAGUUCACAUCAGAGAUACUUUAUUCAUGUGAUAGAAUGUAUUAAAAACAACAAACUAUGAACCAUCUUGUUAAAUUAAAAUUUAUUAAAGCAAC